ACGGCCGAAGGGCGCAUUGACUAACCUUGUCCAAAUUUGAGUAAGCAGUUCAAGUUGACGGGAUCUUCUACGCCAUGGAUGUUGACAAAGUUCGACCGCACGGAGGAGAUGUUGGAAUGAUUGGAGCUGAAGGAGUGGCGGCAUCCCCGAGACCAUUGGUGGAAGAGGAUGAAGGUAUUAACCCCCAGAACCGUUCCCCCCCCCCAGCAGAGACAAACUACUGGGCGGAGGAGGAACGGGUGAGGGAUAUGCUGACGAAGUGCUUCGACAUCGGAAUCCUCCCAGCAGGCUGGGACAUUGGGCAGCUGAAGGAGGAUGGGAAUAAGGCCCAUUUCACUUUGAACCCAUCGUUAGAUGAGAUCAAAGUCAAGUGGUUGAAGGAGAGAACCGUGACGGUUAUCUUUCAAGAAGGGUCAAAGAAUCUGCCGAAGAGGAUUAAGGAGGAUGUCAUCCGGGCGCUUGAAGAUAUUUGGAUGGGCGAAGGAAGGUUUGACCCCUCUGUUACUCGGGGCAGAAUACGCAUCGAACCGAGCAACGUUCUGUCCUAUGUCGCGAAGGACGCCAGAGUUACGGAAUGGAUGCUUCAGGAAGGAGAGACUAGAGUAACUCUCAGGGGGAGAUGGCAUAGUAUAACCUUCAAGCCGUGGCUUACGAAGAAGGAAAUCCAGGACACUAAGAAAGAAGCAGCGUAGAACUACUUUUGGAUAAGAAUUUUAGACGUCCCCAUCGACGCCUACUGUUACCUGGAAUCGGCAGCAAAACAUU